UUCAAAUUCAUGUAGCUCACAACAUCCGGUCUGUUUCCUGUAUCCAUACAUGAAAGCGCCGUUAGCCGAAAAGAUGACAGCCGGACCCAUCCAGAGUCUUCAGAACUGAAUCAGUUUGUUAAUAAAGUUCUGUUAGUUUAUGAUAAUCUGAGUGGGUUUAUCCCAACAGAAACAGCAGAAUGAGCCGCCUGAGUUCGGCCGUACCCGCUGAGCAGUACCUCGCGGACAGCCAGGUUCUGUUCUACCUAAAUGAUGCUGUGACUCAGCUGCUGGACCACAAGGAGGAGUACACCCAGUUCGGCCUGGUUCGAUACUUCGCAGAAUAUUUCAGCAGUGUGAAGAACAGCAACCAUGUCCUCUUCAGGGAGUUUAACUACAUCACAGCCACUCAGCACAACAGAGCAUCCUUCAUCAGAGUCUUCUGGAGAUGCUUCAGACAGAUCGGCAAGAGUGGAGACUUGCUGUCCGUGUGGGAGUACAGGUCUCUGCUGCAGUUGCUGUGCCCGGACUUCCCCCUGGAGCUGGUGCGGAGCGUAGCCAGAAUUGUUCUGAUGGAUGACACCGCUGAUUGUCUGAUGUCAUUCUCUGACUUUAUUUAUGCCUUCCAGCUGCAGUUCUACUACCAAGAGUUCUUAGAGAGCGUUCAGGUGAUCUACCAGGAUCUGUUAGCCGGCAAGAGUCCCAACACCGUCAUCGUCCCAACGUCCUCCUCCGUCGAGCAGCUCAUCUCUGUGGCCACAGAGGAGAACGACAGGGAGGAGCAGGACUGUGUGGAUUCAUCCACACUGGCUGAGUGUGUGGACGCAUUUUGUGACAGGUUCAAGCACAGAAGCUAUCCCUCCAGGACCUGCAUGAGAGAAGCCCUGGAGCAGACUGACAAAGUUUCUUACUUCAGCUUCCUCAUGAGUCUAGCUAAACAUGAGAGCAUCAACCAAACCAUCGGAGUGUUACCCAGUAAGGAAGAGCUGCUCAUUGAUCCAGAGUUGGACCAGGAACUCGACAAACUAAUUGCUCAGAUCUCUGUGAGUCCCAGCAGCAACAGCAGCAGCAGCGCCGUGGGGGGGUUGAAAGAGGUGCAGAGGAGGGCCUCCCCACGCAGGAACAUCCACCACCGGAGGAAGAUAGAGGUGGAGAGUGACGGCUCCACCGAGGAGACGGACUCCUCUGAAAACUGAUGCUCGACCUGUGUGUUGAUGCAGAGCUAUCUAUCUUAAAGGGCAGAUUAACCAUUUUUCAGUACAUGUGGAUUGUUUACUUUUACUUUUAGCACAUAAAUGCAUUCCCUCUAAUUAAAAAAACAAACAAAAUCAACAUUACAUUUUAUUGUGCAGUAUAAACAAGCAUAAGUGAGACGCUGUGGACUGGUUUCAGCUCUCAAUCUAAGUCUGAUGGCAGGCUGACUAAUACAUUGUUCAGACUCCACCUUGACUUCAAAGCCACCAAAGAGACGUUUUUCUGUCUUUUCCGGUUUUGUUCUAAGCUCCUUAUUCAGCUGUUCUUGGCUUUCCAUGAUCUGUUAAAGUGAUCUUGAUAAGUGGUUCCUCAGACUUUCUGAAGGCCUUUUAAAGUUUUUUUAAACGUUUUUUUUUUUACUCCAGAAUCUUGUAGCUCACCAUUUUCAGAGGAAUUUAGCUUAGCAUAUUUUAGCUUAGCUCAGUUCAAACUAGUUAGCCGAGUUUAGCAUACUUUAGCUUCACUAAGUUUAGUUCAUUUUAGUUUAGCUUCGUUUAAUCUGUUUUUGCUUAGCUAAUUUUAGCCUAGCUGCCCAAUUUAGCUUUGCUUGAAUAAAUUUGAUUUAGUUUAGCCUCUCAGCUUCACUUAAUUUAGACCAUUUGAGUUUAACUUAGUUUAGGAUUAGCCUCACUUGAUUUAGCUCAGAUUAGUAUAACUUAAUUUAACUUAGUUUUGCUUAGUUUAGUGUACCUUAGCUUCACUUAAUUCCAUCCAGUUUAAUUUAGCUUAGCUUUGUUUAGCUGAGUUUAAAUUUUUAGCCUAAUUUACCUUGCCUCAGCUUCAAAUAGAUUAGCUCAGUAUAGUUUAACUUAGUGUAACUUAGUUCAUCAAACCCCAGUUUACCUUAGGCUAGCUUAUUUAGCUGUCCUAAAUUUGCUUUGCUAGUUUAAUUUAGCAUGUAUUAGCCUACUUCACUUUAAUUAGAUUUUAGCUUUGCUUGGUUAAAACUACUUAGGGUGACCUUGUUAAUGCUUAGGCUAUUUACGCUAUUUUAGUUUAGCAUAAAGCCGGAGAAUCUAUGUUUCCAACUUUGAAGACAUUCAUUAUUAAAUAUAAUCAUCUUUUAUUUCUACAAAUAUUUUUUCAGUUGUGUUUGUGUUAAGCUAACAGCUGUCAUAUUCACAGCCUUCAUGAACAUUACAUCUGUUUUAAAUUUAAACCCAUCAAAGUAAAAGUGCGCAUAAGUGAGUAUAUUUUGUAUAUCUUUUAUUGCAUUGAGCAAUUUCAAUGUAGCCGCAUGUUAGCUGGCUGUCAUGGUCAUAACGGACUAGAAUGAAAUUUAAAAGCUACCAAAUUCAUAUAAAAACUUUCAAAGGUCUUCAGAAAGCAUGUAGAACAAUGUUAAAGAUUACUAAAUAGUCUGUUUGGAAGUAAAAUCCAAAGAAAAGAACAUAUUCAUGUUAGCAGAAAAUCCAACUAUGACUCUGGAAUUUGCAGCCAAACUGUUUUCGGCUGACCUUUAAAUGCAGAGGUGGCAUCUUUUGUUUGGAUUUUUAUUGGAAGUUAUAAUAUUUACAAUGUAAAAAUCUAUUUUAAUUUUGUGUCUGGAGAUCUUUACAUCUCUAGUAUUUAUGGAAAACACAAGCGCUAUUGAAAUGUUGAAAACAAAGCAAACAUUUAAUGGAUGUAUAAAACAAACAUAUAGCCUAUCUGUUCUUAUAUAGAUAUAUAUAUGAAUUAAUGUAAAAUGUUUGAAAAUGCUCUUUGCUUUUUUAUGUUUAUGUCAGGUUUUUUUGGUCAGUCCCAUCCCAAAUAGCCAGUAGUUACAAGCUACUCUUCUUCCUCUCUGAUCUGCUACUGCAUUAUACCUUUGGUGUUAAAGUAAGACACUAACACUGCAUCACUCACCUGCCAAUGUAUUCAUGAAUUUUUAUUAUAAAAAGAUGUAAAAUUUCUCUCACACUGAAUAAUAAAAUCUUUUGCCGUAAUGCCCUCAA